AUGGCCAACCACAUUUGCGAUAACUGCCGCAGGCUCAGGUUGAAAUGUCAGUUUGAACAUCCUCCGUAUUUUACCCUCUGUUGCACUCGAUGUCGACAGUACAGUCUUUCGUCCGAGUUCGAGGGCAUUCCCUGGCCAGCUCGGGCUCAGCGAACUUUCAUGUCCUCCACGCCCAAGGGGUUUUCUCGAAAGGUCUUUUGGGGCCCUUCGAGCAAUGCCGGCGGGCAUCCCAUGGACCUGCACACGCCAAAGGAACCGCCUCCUGAGCCGGCCAUGUUCCAGGUCCAGCAACCCCUCAAGUCUUCUAGGCCGACGACAGACGACGAGACAACAACGUUGGAACUCAGUCCAAAUGUCAAGGCACACCUCUAUCUCGUCUUCUUCGAGCACAUACAGCCGGUGUUUCCUGUUGUCACUCACGCCAGCUUGCGACACUUCCCUGCCACCCCGCUGUUGGAAAGUGUGAUACUCGGUAUAGCGGCACGCCAUCAUCUUGCCAUCGCUUCUUGGAGGGACUAUGUUCACAUACAGAAGGUCAUUGUCCAUGAGCUCAAGGCUCUCUUCAGUACACGGCAACGAUAUCAGCCCCAGAUUCAAACAGUACAAGCGCUCCUGCUCGCGUUGAUAAAAUUUGAACUCGUUACACACGGUCACGGUGACAUCAUGUCCACCGGACUAAGACUCGGACUACUCUGCAAAAUGGCAAGGGAUUUGGGCCUAGACAAGAAAUCCUCGGCCGUGACGGCUGAUGGCGAACUUCUCAACGUCGUGUUAUGGAAGGCCUGCAUGUUUGAAGAUGCGAUUAUAUCGGCUAUGAUGGGGCAACCGCUCAAUAUCGUCGUCUCGCCCAAAGAAACUACGGGGCUGCCGAGCGACUCCAGCUUCUCAGGAGGCACAUUUUUUGAUGAUGCUGUGGAUGCUUCGCACUGUCUCCGAUCACUGCUAAGAGCAGUCUAUGCAAGCCGACCUGUCGAUGCGAAUAUUGUGCAGAACUGCGAACAUGUUCUCAAACAGAUACAUCGCUAUGGAAUAGACCUGGAUUUCCGACAGAGCCACCAUUCCGAAAGAGAGCAUCAAGCCCUUUGUAUGUUACACCAUAACAACAGACUACUUUUUGUACUCGGACUUGCCUCCUUGACAAACACGUCAAGCCACUCCAAAGAACUUUCCCUGAUUCUAGCACGGGAGGCUGCUUCGACCAUUCCAGAAGCCUGCCAGACGCUUUUGUGGUUCAGCGUCGAAUUUUAUCUCGAGAUGGCUUCUCGAAUACCUCAAUUACUAUACUGCGCUUCAAGAGCCUUGAUGCUUGUUGUCGAUGUCCUCCUGGAGACUCAAAGGACACAAGGCUCUCCAAAGGACUUUAUCCAAGAGCUCGAGAAUGCUAUUGCAUCAGCCACAUUAUUGAAGGACUUUCUACUCAAAGACACCUCAUGGGGAGCGCACUGGUCCCAAGGCCAUACACUUGCAGCUGUUCUUGCUCGGCUUCACCAAACGGACUGUCAGCAUCGGCGUAUACCGCUUGAGCUGACGAACGUUAUGCGUCUUCGAACACUUGACCAGAGCGAAACUAACGACAACGGGGUCUUGGACGCUUUGCGAAAUGCCCAUGAAGUCUUCAACAGCGAUGAAUUCAUCAACAACGUCCUUUUCAACUCCACAGACUGGGAUUCCGUCUUGAUGCAAUACGAAGAGAGCUAUCCUCAGCCCAUCUGGUGA